GCUGGUGGGGGCCACGGAAGCCCCGGCAAUGCCCUUCGUCCCACUUACCGCAGAUCCAGGCCCUGAGUGAAGACCAGCAGAGUGCAUCCAGCAGCGCCCAGCAGGAUGGAGGUGCUCAGGGCUGUCCUCCUGGCCCUGCUGCUGUGCGGGCAAUCAGGGUGUGGACAGGCACAGGAGGAAGAUGCUGAUGACACGGACUUGGGGCCGGACAGCUACGGUUAUGAUGAUGAGGAUGAGGAGGACGAGGAGGCCAAUGUGGCCCCUGGCACAGAGCGCCUGCAGUGCUACUCCUGCCAGUCCCUGCACAGAGGCGAGAACUGCACCCAGAUGCAGAGCUGCCCUAGCCACGCCUCCUGCAUCACGCUGAUCACCCAUGGAAACACAGACUCAGGUUUCCUGACCACCUACUCCAUGUGGUGUGUGGACACGUGCCAGCCUAUUACCAAGACAGUACAUGGAACCCAGAUGACCAAGACCUGCUGCCAGUCCACCCUGUGCAAUGUCCCACCCUGGCAGAGGCCCCAAAUCCUGGAUCCUCUGGGUGGCAGGGCAGGCAGCCCACAGGACGGUGGAGCUGGCCAUCCCAAGGGAGGCAGGGCAGGCAGCUCCCAAGAUGGCGGAGCUGGCCAUCCCCAGGAAGGGGAGGCAGACAGCCCCCAAGACAGUGGAACUGGCCAUCCCCAGGGCGGUGGGGCUGGCCAUCCCCAGGGCAGCAGGCCUGGACAUCCCCGGAGUGGUGGGGCUGGCCAUCCCCAGGGAGGCAAGGCAGGCAGCCCCCAAGAUAGUGGAACUGGCCAUCCCCAGGGCAGCAGGCCUGGACAUCCCCAGAGUGGUGGAGCUGGCCAUCCCCAGGGUGGCAGGGCAGGUGGCCCCCUAGGAUGUCCCCAAAAUGUGGGUACAGCCCUCCUGCUCAGCCUCCUCACCAACCUUUGGGCAACGGGGGCCUGAAGACUUGCCCUCUCCCACCACUUAGGCCCUGGCCUGGCGCUCUGUCCAGUGUCUCCCCUACCCCAUCUCCAGCCUGAGAAUAAACCUGGAGUGUCCUUCAUGA